AUUGGUAUACAAUCACGAUUUAAUCGAUAAUAUUAAUCGAAAGACGGUUUUGAAUCAAGUAAAAUGCGGUGGACGUGGUUGUUUUUAGGUUAUCUAGUUACCGGUUCAAAUUUAAUAUUUAACAAAAAGUCUCUGAAAAGCUUUCUCGAAUUUUAUAUAUUGUUUAUAACGUUUGUAUUCAAAAAAUGUUUAAAAGUUCUCUUACGUUAGUACUAUAUUAUAUUUUAUAUGGUUUUGGAAUGCCGUUUUACAUCUAAUCAUGAUUUAUGGAGGUUAGAACCAAAGCUGUGAACUGUCAAACGCCGUAUAUUAUAUUUUAUGUACUAGGAAAUAUUACCUUACGAAACAGUGAACGCGAUAGACGAAAAACUUUAUAAGUAUACAACAUUGCAUUUGGUAAGAGUUCCAAGAAGAGAAAAAUGCUGCUAAAGCAUGUGAAUCGAUUUGUUUUUGUUCUUGACGAAGGUGCUGUAUUUCAUAAUACGUGCAAAUAUUGGUUUCGUCGUUUUAAAGACCGUGAUUUUAUCGUAAGCAACCGACCACUCUGUGGAACGCCACGAAAAGUGGUGGCCGAUAAUCUGAAAGCAUUAUUCAUUGAAAAUCUAUCGCAAACGCAAGGAGAACUUACGGAACAACUAGGAGUGUAUCGAACAACAAUUUUCAGACGACUGCAUAGAGUGGGGGAACCUCGGAAGCUUGGGAACUACGUACCGCACAAACUCUUGCAAAACAAUUGCAAUAUGCCACCAAAAAGGACUCCAAAAGCAAAGGCUAAUUCUUCUAAAGCUACGUCUGAUAAGAAAACAGAAGUACUAAACAAAGCUUCAAAAAAGAAACGUGAAAUUAAUUCAAAUGAUGAACCUGCGUCAAAGAAGGCAAAGAUUGAAUCAAAAGAAACAAAACAUGAGAGUUCUCCAUCCGCGAUGAACAAGUCAAAGAAUGAACCAAAACAAAUGCUGAAUAAGACAGAUACGAAUUUAAAUGAGAUAGAGUUUGCAUGUACAAAGACGAAUGAAGAGGGAAAGAAAUACAAUCUGAAGAUUUGUACUUGGAAUAUUUCUGGAAUUCGAGCUAUAGUUAAAAAAAAUGGAAUGGAGUAUAUUGCUAAAGAAGAUGCAGAUAUAGUUGCUUUACAAGAAACAAAAUGUGAUAAAGAUAAGAUCCCAGAGGAAGUAAAAUUGCCAGGAUAUCAUAAUUAUUUUCUUGACAGUAAAAAACCAGGUUAUUGCGGAGUUGCUUUGUUCUGUAAAGAGAAACCAGUUACAAUAAAAUAUGGUUUAAACAAUGCUAGUUUCGAUAGCGAAGGUAGAAUAAUCACGGCGGAAUUCUCAGAAUUUUUCUUGGUCAAUGUUUAUGUGCCAAAUGCUGGUCAGAAGUUAGUAACGCUACCAAAAAGAUUAGAAUGGAAUAAGACAUUUAAAAAGUAUAUCGAGAAAUUGGAUGAAAAGAAACCUGUUAUUAUUUGUGGUGAUAUGAAUGUAGCUCAUCAAGAAAUAGAUUUAAAGAAUCCAAAAACAAAUACUAAGAAUGCUGGAUUUACCAAAGAAGAGCGAGAUGAUAUGACAGACUUUUUAACUGCUGGGUUUGUGGAUUCUUUUCGGUUGUUGUAUCCCGACAAGGAAGGUGCAUAUACUUUCUGGUCAUACUUUGCUAGUGCACGCAACAAGGAUAUUGGAUGGCGAUUGGACUAUUUCUUGAUAUCAGAUCGAAUAAAAAGCAAAGUAUGUGAUAAUGUUAUAAGGAAGCAAGUUUAUGGCAGUGAUCAUUGUCCUGUAAUACUUUACAUCAAUCUAUAAUAAACCUUUUGUCUCAUCGUGUGGAAAUGUCACAAUAAACACAAUAAAUGUGUCACGAGAAACCACCCUGUUCUUUCAUGUGUGGGGAUACAAGUAUAUUUUAAUAUAAUAAUACGAGUGAUUAGUUGCAUGUUCUUUAUAAUAUAUACUAUAUACAUUUCUUGUUUAUUGUAUUAUGUUACAUGUGAGAGAAGAUGUCUUUUCAAACGCAUUAUUGUAAUAUGUCAUUUUUAGUUGCGUGAUAAUAAAAAUUAAUAUAUUUUCUGACACAAA